CACCGCGGUAAGCAAUUUGAUAUUUCAUGAACAAUAAAAGAAGAAUGCUUUCAUUGUCGAAUUUGAAUCGAAAAUCAAGUUCAUCCAUACCAGAAACCCGGUUUACUUACAAGAAUUAGGACGAAAAAAAAAGUUUAACGUUCUGCGGUUCUGAUUGAAAAAAAAAUGCGCUUGGCUGAAUCUUGUGCUGACUGCAGUUGAAUGCAAGAAUUGAGCGACAGCUGGAAUGUAUUAUAUUAGGAGGAAAACUUCGUCUAUUCUUCUGUGUCUGGUUGUGGUAUACAUAAUUUUAUUCAUUUAUAUCAUCAUUUAUUCGGAUGAUUUUCUGUACAAUCAAAAUGUCGUGAGUGAAAUGUGGUUACAUUCAGCUUCAGACAAUUACUGCUUCCCAAGUGCUUCCGCUCAUGCGCAGCAACCACUUUUGUUCAAAUUCUUUUACGCCUGUGAUAAGGAGAUCGUCUUUUUCGACAAGAUGUUUGCGGUGGUUAGUAAUGUUUUGUUCGAAUCUUUCAUCCGACCCCAAAACCAAACCCCUACAUCGCAACCUUUAACCAAAUUUGAUUUAAGAUCCCUUUCGACACAUUGCGCAGGCGUAGUGGAUAUAACGGGACUACAUCUCAAGGAGCCGAUUUUGACCUGGGUUAAACAAAUGAAACUAACUGAGAGGUUCAAUGACAAUGAAAUAGCCCCGGUUCAUAGAGAUAUCGGAUUAUUGUUAUCACGACACGACGAAGGGAACUUGUACCAUGCGAUGACCCAAAUGUACAAUAUUGUGAUAGCUAAGCUUCUUCUAGGGAUAUCGCCAAACAGAAGCGUUGUUGGUAUUUUUGCCGAUGAUUAUGGGAGUCAUACGAUUCUACAAGAAUUAUGGGAUAGCUUUAUUCAAGAGACCCUGCCACUAUCGGGAGAGAGUCAUAGAAAAUUUUAUUUUGAUAAACUUAUAAUGAUUAAUUCAGGUUAUGAAGGUUACCUUAACCAUCAUCGCUUAUCCAAACUUCCGUUCGUCGGUGAGUUCAAACAAUAUUUUAAAAGUUUGUUCGGCGCAUGUAGCCAAAGAAAACUGGACUGUUCUAGCAUUAAUAUCCGGGUAAUUCUGAGACAGGACGGAAUGUAUAGAAAUGGAACAACCAAAGUUACAGAGCGAAAAUUUUACAACGAAAGGAACUUGUUGAAGGAAAUUCAAAAGUCUUUUCCGAGUCACAGUGUGAAAGGCUUAAGACUUGAAAAUUAUCCAAUGAAAAAACAGCUUUUAUUUAUUUCAAAAACAGAUUUUCUGAUUGGAGUACACGGAGCUGGAAUGACCUUUGCCCUUUUUCUACCGGAACACGCAGGAGUGCUCGAGCUGUUUCCUUUAUAUAGAGAUACCGGAAAUGUUCAUUAUAGAACUAUUUCAAAAUGGCGGAACCUGCAUUACCGAGCUUGGCAAAAUUUUAAAACGGAAAAUGAAUUUCCAAACUUUCAAACUAAUUUUCCUGUUCGAGUGAUUGCGUAUUAUAUUCAGGAGUUUCUUAAUUCUAGAUGUAAACGUCACUCGAUGAGCUAACUAAAGAAAAUAGUUGUAUAAGCAUUAUUGAAUACAUGAUUUUUUGGGGGGCUAAGGAGAGGGGGUGGGGGGCAAAGAGAUCUACCUUAAUAUCAAA